AUGUCGCAAGGCAAUGGGCCUAAGCACGAGUGUGUCGAAGAUAACACAGCUUGCGUGUCGCAGAGCGAUAUGGCCAGGCAUGUGGGUGCCGAAAGCGUAAAGCUUGCAUGUUGCAAGGUGAUGUGGCUGGGCACGAAGGUACCGAAGGCAACACAAAGCUCGCAUGCCGCAAGGCAAUGUGUCUAG